AGGGCGGAGCGGGCGGGCAGGCGGGCUGGGCGGGCACCGGGUUCCCGCGACGGCCGCCAGGGGGCAUCCAGGGAGCGCCGGGCGGCAGGGCCGGGGCCCAGAUGUGACUCCCCACUCUGUCUGGGCCCUCCAAGCCAUGGCUGACACCAUCUUCGGCAGUGGCACUGACCAGUGGGUUUGCCCUAACGACCGGCAGCUUACCCUUCGAGCCAAGCUGCAGGCCGGCUGGUCCAUGCAUACGUACCAGACAGAGAAGCAGCGGAAGACGCAGCGCCUGAGCUCGGCCGAGGUGGAGGCCAUCCUGCAGGUGAUCCAGCGAGCAGAGCGGCUGGACAUACUGGAGCAGCAGAGAAUCGGGCGACUGGUGGAACGGCUGGAGACCAUGCGACGCAACGCCAUGGGGAAUGGCCUGUCUCAGUGCCUGCUCUGCGGGGAGGUGCUGGGCUUCCUGGGCAGCGCGUCAGUGUUCUGCAGGGACUGCAGGAAGAAAGUCUGCACCAAGUGUGGGAUCGAAGUCAACCCCGGCCACAAGCGGCCCCUAUGGCUAUGUAAGAUCUGCAGUGAGCAGAGAGAGGUCUGGAAGAGGUCGGGAGCCUGGUUCUACAAAGGUCUCCCCAAAUACAUCCUGCCACCCAAGACCCCUGGCCUGGCAGAUGACCCUCACUUUCGCCCUCAGCCUCUGGAACCAACUGAGCAAGAGCCACGAAACAGUGAUACCAGUCGUGUCUACACGUGGGCCCGAGGACGACGGCAGCUGCCAAAGCUGAGCCACACUGGCCUCUCAGAAUCUCCCACACUACCUGGUGCUUCUGGAAGCCAUCUCCUGCCCAGACUGGCCUCUGGACACCUUGCCCUCAGCAUGUAG